GACCAGAAAAUCAUCAGAAACGAUAUCCACUGUAGACUUGUCCCUGGCUGACUUGACGAACGGGAGGAUGGUGGGGGAAUCAGCAAAGAUAUUGCCGAACGAGUCUGUGUAGGUUAUCGAAUGUUUAGACGAACUGGCCAGCGCGUCCGGUUCGUUCUUUGGCGACACAGUAACGGCCAUGAUGUCGCUGCAAGUUCGGUGGCAAAGAGGUGAUGUUGUGCAGAUCAAAGGGUAUGUCUAGUGAGAGAUUGUGCGCAUUCAAGGCGUAGUAAUGAGUGUAGAAAAGAGAAAGGGAAAUGUAUAAUGGGGAUUGGCUGCAUGCAGGCUAACGGAAAGCACACCAAAACUAUAAAUUGUGGUAUACUUCGGUGUUUAUGUAAACAGGGUCAUUUGCCUUGACAACCAAUCUGCGUAGCGUCUAUCUCCAGUAAAACAUGUAUCCAGCUGCACAUAUGCAGAGAUAACACAGGCUGUCACCCAGACAUGAUGCGCUGUGUCUGUCGCGACUGGGAACAACUCUGAUAUGUCUGAAAAUUAAACAAGGGCGCUAUCAAGUAACCGAAGAUCAGAUGGCUGUCCACAGUCAAAAUACAGCACCAGCCAUGACGCUAACGCCGCACGACAUUGGUCACUUAUGUUCUUUGCCAAAGCUGAUCACUGACGAGCCAAGAGUGGGUUGUCGUCUUCUACCUUCGUCCGAGGAAUUACCAGCACCAAGCUGCCCAAUUAACGUGAACGGGAGCAAAACACGGCCGUCGUCGUGCCUUCUCGAAAAUUAGCUCGCGUGAGCUUCCUGCGAAACAAAUCCCGUUUUAUUAUGAAUCAAGAGAGUCAGACUGGACACCUGAUUUGUGAUCGAGCUGCACAAUAAUACCGUACCCAUACACGGAGCUCCUUGCCUCGCUUCAAGGAAUGUAGAUCAUUGGAGAGCUGGCAAUUCGGAUGCGAGAAGAAGGAUCCCAAGCCCUAUGACUGGUAUAAUGUUGACUAUAUGCUGGUCAUGAGUUAACGUCGAGCUCCUCGUCGGCGUCCAGUAGUGUCACUGAGGUGGUCACUGGGCUUGGGCAAUUUUUGGGUCAGGUACAUACUGUAAAUAAUUCGGAACCGUCAGCAGUCUGCGGCUCGAUCCAUCUUUGAAU